GUACUUCUACGCAACACACACUCUCCACAAGGACCAGGAGGCCAAGAAUAGAGCCGGGGCACAGGAUGGACUUGCGAGCUUUGUGCGUCAUUGUGUUGGUGGCAAUUCUUGCUGUGAGUUCUCAGGCUGCUAAAAACAAAAAAGACAAAGGCAAGAAGGGAGCAUCAGAUUGUGGAGAAUGGAAGUGGGGCAGUUGCAUCCCUAAUAGCAAGGACUGUGGUGUAGGCACCCGGGAGGGAACAUGCGAAGAAGAGACACGCAAAAUCAAGUGCAAGAUUCCCUGCAACUGGAAGAAACCAUUUGGAGCUGAUUGCAAAUACAAGUUUGAGGUGUGGGGUGAAUGCAAUGCGGAAACUGGUUUGAAGAGCCGUUCUGGGACCCUGAAGAAGGCUCUGUACAAUGCAGUGUGCGAGCAAACCGUGCAGGCCAGCAAACAAUGUUCCAUCAAGACCAAAACCAAAGGCAAAAAAGGUAAAAGAAAGGACUAGAACGUGAACAUCUGACACCCCAAGAAUGGUCCCAUGGGUUCAGCACCAUCAAGAAUAAUGGAAUCCACAGACGCCCCUUAAAACCUUUCUCCAACUUGCACUCUGUCCUGACCUCCCCCCUCUCCUCCUCCCAAUAUUUCAAUUUUUUAAUCACUAAUGUCUUUAGGAAGAAAGAAAAAAAGUGUAAAAAGAAAAGAAUCUCUUUCCUCUGACAAACUUAAACUGCCCCCCAUCCUCUUUGCCUCCAUCUUUAAAGUCUGAUUUCUGCCUACAUCGCCCCCCCCCCCCCAGUAUAUAAACUGCAACCCCUUUCCCCCUAUACUACAUGUACGUGGUUUCAUAUUUCUGUGUUUUUUAGGCAAUUUCUUUUUUUCUUUUUCUUUUUUUUUUUAUACUUUUUUUUUUU